GUGAGCAAGCUGGUGCUUGGAGCUCGAAGCACUGAGAAGCUGGAUGGCUUGAAGUCGGACCUUGCCAAGCGAUACCCCGACGUGGAGGUGCUCACGUUGAAGUUGGAUGUGAGCGAUACUGAAAGCCGCAAAGAGUUUUUCCGCAGAGCUGUUGCUUUCGGCCGGUGCCAAGUCCUGAUCAACAAUGCCGGCAUCAUCAAGAACCGUUUCUUCCAGAGCAUGACAGAUGAAGACUUGGAUGCUGUGCUCCAUACCAACCUCGUUGGCACGCUGCACCUGACGAAGCUCUUCCUUCCCGAGAUGCUGAAGCAUGAUCGAGGACACGUCGUGAACAUUUCUUCCAUUAGUGGCUUCACGGCUGCUCCCUAUGGCAGCGUUUACGCCGCAACCAAGGCUGCAUUGAGCUCAUUCAGUGCAUCACUUCGCUUAGAGAUGCAG